AUGCCCGCAAAUAAAGACGUCAAAGAGCCAGAGUCCGGUGCUGGGGUGAAAGAAAGGUCGCAGAUCCGGGCAUCUAGCGAGCAAAAGCGAGUGAAUUGGGACUUUGUACGAGUCACACAACAAUGGACAUUCCGUUCAACCUCGACAGACGCGACUCGCCAUCGCCCUCGCGGAAUCAUGGCCUCUAGGAGGCGCAAAAUUUUAGAAACCGAAACUAUGCAGAUUCUACCCCCCGCACCUUCCCCAAUUCGUGAUUUGCCACUCGAAGUCUUGGCCACGAUCUUUGUUUGGGCGAUUGUCGACACCUGGCAUUCUAGCACCUCUUGUUGCGACGACCUCCUCAAAUUUAUGUUGGUCUGCCACCAAUGGCGAGAUGCUGCCCAGUCGUCACCUACAGUUUGGUCAACAAUCAAUGUCAUCCUUGUGCGCACCGCGCGAGCGACGCGCGGUGCAUCUCGACAAGCUCGCCAACUCGCCGCCGUCGAAACGUAUCUCCGGAGAUCGGGCCAAGUUCCACUGAAGAUAUCCAUUUCCGGCACGGAGUUGUACCCUGCUGACAAAAUUUUGCAAAGGCUUGUCGCUCACUCGGCUCGGUGGAAGACUUUGAACAUCAAGCUCACCCUGGUGACCACGUUAAGAAGCAUGCCUUCAGUGGUCCAGGGAAACAUUCCUUGGCUUACCACAUUGGCUCUUUCACACAAUGAAUCUGAAGAAGAUCAUUUUGCUGGAAGUGAAUAUGACCCAGCGUUUGUCACAUUCGAAGAUGCACCGUCCCUCCGUACCUUGGAGUUUAUCUCGUGGCCUAUGCCAGCGACAUUGAGGCUCCCAUGGUCGCAAAUCGGCCAUCUAUCUGCUCAAAAACUAAGCCCGUAUGAUUGCCUUCAACUAAUGAAAGCCGCCCCGAACUUGACCUCAUGCGAGUUCACUGUGAGGCGCGCAGACUCGCGGGACCCUAUGCAUCCGCCUGGAGUAUUUGUUGCAGAGCACCUCCAGAGUUUCACCCUCAGAUCGGAAGAGAAUUUCUCACUUCAUUCAUUGGCUCGAUUAUUGGAUUCGACUACCUUCCCCACCCUCGACGUCCUUGAGAUUCAUGGCCCUCAGCCUCUAAAACCCAGCGAAUUUGAAUUUAUCCCCGACAUCGACAGGGCGCUUUUUAGUGUUAUCCAGCGUUCAAAUUGUUCCAUCGACCGCCUCAAACUUGUCCAUGUUCCCUUCAGUGAAAGCGGUUUGGUCGCAAUCAUUGUUUCAUUAGGUUCUCUGCGUUACUUGGAGAUUGACGCGCUCAACACAUCACCGUUGGGCUUAGAUUUCUUAGGUGCACUUGUUUCCGACGGCAGAUUGAAAGGCUCCAAUAAUCUACCACGUCUCGGCCACCUUCGUCUUGCUUGUGACCUUGAGAAGGAAACCGAAAGUGAAUUUGAAAAGUUGGCGGAUGUUUUGGAGUCUCGACGUGCCGCUUUCACUUAUUCAUACGGUGAAGUUCUCCCAUUGGAGUCUUGGGGGGAGUAUCCAAGUGACCUCAUUGCGCGUUUGCGUAUCUUGUCGUCGGGAGGCAUGAAGAUUCAAAUAAAUGGAGAGGACCUUAUAGGAAUGAAUUUCGAGACGUGA